CUCAGCUGAACAGCAUGACCUGUGUGACACUAAUGUCUGAGACAGAAAACAGCGUCACUUUGCCUAUUUAAAUGACCGUGACAUAAACAGGGUGCAGGAAGUGUGUGAGGAUGCCAGCCGGUGUGUCUUGGCCUCGGUACCUGAGGAUGUUUGGAGCCAGUGUACUGGCCAUGUUUGCAGGAGCACAGGUCGUCCAUCAGUACUACCUACCUGAUCUGAGUAUACCAGAUAUCCCACCAAGGCCUGGGGAGCUUCAGACAGAGCUGCAGGGAUACAGAGUCAGAGAAGAAGCUGCCGCUACGUUACAGCAGCUCAGAGAAGAACAAAAAGUGGACUGAUGUGGAGUUAUACGUCCUCUGUGUGAUGGACACACAUCGAGCAGACUUUUACCAGUUUUUGCCAACAGCUUGAGGCUGAAGAAUGCCUGGGUGAACUGGAACAUCAGGAAAUGGAGAUCUUCUGUGUUUGCCGUUUUCUUACAAUGGAUCCAACGAAUGGGAUUAAAUACAACAAUGUAGGAGAUUUGCUGCCCAAGAUGAAGACCUUAUCUUUUCAAUCCAGUUGUAUCCAUCUGUUGUCAAUACAUCUUUACAUCCUUUUUGAUUGUGUUUGUAUUUGUAGAUAGAUGAAAUAUGCUACACACAGCAACUUCUUCGUCAUGAAGUUGUUUAUGGUUUUGACUAUGUACAAAGAAUAUUUUUCGAAAACACAUCCUAAUUCUUCUGGAGUGAGAUGAAAGAUACUUGUCCAGUCCUUACCGUCUUCUUCCCAAAGCUUUCACCCCUCACCUUUCAACAGCACUCCAACUGGCAUAUGAAAAUACUCAAUAAACAACUGCUUCCUUGUCAAAUAUAACAGAUGUUGCAUGUGCUGGAAA